UAAAAGGCGGGAGGCUGAGCUUCUUCUGCAUCCAGCCUCAGACUCCUGAACUAACAGAUUUGGAUUUUUCAGGUCAGAAACUUCCCUACAGAGAAAAAACAAGAUGAUUGCAAUUUUCUUCUUCUUCCUUGCCAUCCCGAUGGCAGAGAUGGCGGCUAUUCUGACAGCAGUUGGCAAUGUAAACCAAAUCAAUAAGACCAUGGAUGUCACGAAUGUCAUCGCCAAAGCAAACGCUGGCAUAAAGACUCCACUGAUCUACGAUGACAUUGCUCCGAGCAAAAGUAGGAACGCAGUCCCAUGCACGGCCACCGGCUGCACAUGGCCCAAAACUGGAAGCUAUGUCUACGUUCCCGUCGACAUCUCCCCCGUAUACUCCUUGGCAGAGCGUAACAUCAUCAUCAAUGGCCUGGUGAGCUUCCACACCUCCACCUGCAUUCGCUUUGUCUGGAGGAACUCAGCCAAUCGGGACUAUAUUUACUUCUACCCUGGAACCGGGUGCUGGUCCUACCUGGGCCGUCAGGGCGGACUGCAGACGGUGUCUCUGCAGAGCAAUGGCUGCGUGUAUCACUCCACGGUGCAGCAUGAGGUCAACCACGCUCUGGGCUUCCACCACGAACAGGUCCGCUCUGACAGAGACUCCUACGUCCAGGUCCUCACCCAGAACAUCACCCCAGGGCAAGAACAUAACUUUGUUAAGAUACAGACUAACAACCUGGGCACUCCCUACGACUUCAACUCCGUUAUGCAUUACCACAAGUAUGCCUUCUCCAGAAAUGGCCAACCGACUCUCCUUUCCAAAGCUAAUCCUUCCCUCGACUUUGGAAGGGCCACAUCGAUGAGCGCCAACGACAUCGCCCGCAUCAACAGGCUCUACAGAUGCUAAUAAAGGAGAAACUUCAGCUCUCCAGCGUUACCCUUGAUCGGCUCUGAUCUGCUCCUCUGCUGUCUCAUUUACUGCAUAUCUAUAUAACUACAUAACUGCUGAAUACAGUUGUCUCUACAGAAAGAAAGAGAUUUUUUCAUCAAAUUUAAAGAAAUAUACUGCAGAUUCUCCUGCUGGACGAGCGUGGUAUUACAUCUCAAUCUGUUAACGGCAGAAUACAUAUUGGUGUUUAUCGGUGAAGGAUUUCUUAUCAAAAAAGUUUUUCUUUUGGGUUUGGGUUGGCUUUUUUUUGCAUCUGCUAUAAAAAAUGGAAAGGAAUGUUUCAAUUGAAGAUAAAUCUAAGGGGAAUUUUGGUUAAGUAAAUUAUGUUGUGACAUAAAAACAAUGCAAGAUGGAAAGAUGGAUUGGACUGGUAUAAAAUGUCUCAAUAAAAGUCAAUUAUUCAAGAAUGUACAAUCUAUGGGAAUGUAAAAUGUAAAAGUUCCCCAAUCACAUUUAGCCUAAAAAAUGUUACAGACAUAAUGUUACAAAAUCUCAUCCAACAUGUUUUAUUCUUGUGACCAACAUGUUUUUUUUCUGAGAUUUAAUGCUAUUGUAAUCCAUUCAAUCAAGUACCAAAUAAAAUUUGUUCAUUCCAA